AUGGACUUCGUCUGGUCCACACUGUCCGUCGGAGCAGCCAUCGCAGCCACAAUCGUAGUCGUUGUCGCUUCCACCACAGCAGGCUCCAAGGUCGUCUCCGCACUCCUCGAGCCAUUCACCGUCUUGAUUGUAGGAGACGCCGACAAGCGUACCGAAACCCCACUCAGUGAACGGGAGCGCGAAGACAUCCAAGACCAACGAAGAACACUCAAGAUCAUGCCGACCUCGACUGUGUUGAUGCUAUGCUUUGCCGGCACAUUGGCUAUGGCUGCACAAGAGCAUGAUAUCGGAUUUUGGGAGAUCAACCUGGCGGUGGUACAAACGUGGCUCCAAGUCAUUGUAGCCUUUGGAUCUUUCCCCACACCAGAGUCGUGUCCAGAAGCAGAGAAGAAGGUGAUGACAGAUCGUUGUUAUGCAAGCUUAUCUUUCAUUGGCUCAAACGUCGAAAAGAAAGAGAGAGACAACAGAAGCGCACGCCAUGUGGUUCGCUUCUCCAACGCAGUCGCCGGUUUGUUGCUUGACUGGGUUCGACUACAUCAGGACAAUCCUUACCCGAAUGCUGUGGAAAAAGCGACAUUACAAGAAUUGACAGGAUUGGACUCAAAGCAGCUGAAUACAUGGUUUGCCAAUUAUCGACGUAGGCGACCUGCGAAGAAAGAUGGAAGUGCGGAGCCCACGACUCAGAGUGCGACAUCUCAAACAUCUUUGACAAAGAACGAUGUCAACGCCGACCCUCAUCCCGAGAAGGGCUCUGAGAAAUCUGGCCAUCAAGAUGUCAUUUCUUUGGUGAAGCCUCAGCAGAGGAUGUUCCAGUGCACUUUCUGCACUGACACGUUUGCUACCAAAUUCGAGUGGACAAGACAUGAGACCUCUCUCCAUUUGCCGCUGAAGCGAUUCAUUUGUUGCCCUUUCGCCCCAAUACAGAAGAGCGUAGAUACCGGGACUGAGAUUUGCGCCUACUGCGGUCUGGUCUCGCCUGAUCCGGAACACAUCGCAUCUCACAAUCAUGACUACUGCCAAUCAAGAGAUCCGGACGCUAGGAUAUUCCUACGAAAAGACCAUCUAAGGCAACAUCUCCGGUCCGUCCACGAAUGCGACAUGCUUGCACACAUGGAUCACUGGCUUCUGGAAGCAGUCUGGGUGAAUAGUCGCUGUGGCUUCUGCGGCGACCGCUUCAGCAUUUGGAGCGAGAGAAACGAACAUCUUGCAGGUCACUUCCGAAAUGGAUAUCACAUGGGUAUGUGGAAAGGAUGCAGGGGCUUAGAUGGCGCAACAUCUGCUCAGGUUACUUUUUCUAUGCCACCAUUUCUCAUCGGCCUUGAACGGACCCGGCCAUUCCCAUUUAGUGCAUCAAAUCUCAAACGAAAGUCUUGUGUCCCUCCAAAUAGAUCAUGGGAAUUUCUGGUUGCCGGCCUAUAUCAAUUGGUCAAGGAGAAAUCAUCUCAAAGUCGUCCAGUGUCAGACAAGGAACUACAAGACCAAGCACGACUUCUCACCUACGGCUCGUCAAGUGCUGACACAAAUACCGCCGCUGACCAUCCUGAGUGGUUAGACCUUUUCAAGAAGGCCUAUAGUCUGGACGUCCUCGCAUUCUUUACCGAAGAUAUGGCCCAAGCACCUGCGGCUGAAGAUCUCGAAGUCUACCAUGAUCUUGUUGAACUUUUCUCUGGCAUUUGA